AUGGUCGCCUUUGCCAGCUCCUGCAGGUUCGCUGCUGUCGUCGUCGGUAGACAUGGCCGUCGUCCUUUCAGUGUCGCAGCGGCCAACCGUGCUGCCCAGAACUUCGCCAUGCCUGCUUUGUCGCCCACUAUGACCGAGGGCAACAUCACAAGCUGGAAGCUCAAGGAAGGCGACUCCUUCUCGGCUGGAGAUGUCCUCCUUGAAAUCGAAACCGACAAGGCCCAGAUGGAUGUUGAGGCCCAGGACGAUGGUGUUCUUGCAAAGAUCGUCGUUGCCGAAGGUGCAAAGGCCGUCCAGGUCGGCUCGCGCAUUGCUGUUCUGGCUGAGGAGGGCGAUGACCUAGCAACUCUCGAGAUCCCCGCCGACGAAUCGUCCUCAUCCGCUGGACAACCCGCUCGCAAGGACCGCCCCAGCCCGCAAGAAGACCUCAAGUCUGGAAUCGACACGACCGAGUCCUCCCCAAGCGCCGCAGAGGCCCCACCAUCAUCCAAGCCCAACGCUGAUGCUUCUGCUGGCGGUGCUGCAGACACUACGAGAGCCACUCAACUGCAUGGCUCGUCCGAUGCUAAGCCUAGAAAGCAAACAUACCCUCUCUACCCCUCGGUCCAGCACCUCCUUCUCCAGAAUGGCUUGACCAAGGAGGACGCCAACAAGAUCCCUGCAAGUGGUCCCGCUGGACGUCUCCUCAAGGGUGACGUUCUCGCCUACCUGGGCAAGAUCGAGAAGAACUACCCUGGUCAGCAGGCCAAGCGCAUGGACAAGUUGGCACACCUCGACCUUUCCAACAUUCAGCUCGCUGCUCCUCCUAAGAAGCCUGAGGCCAAGCCUGUCGAGGCCGAGAAGCCCGCUCCUAUUCCCGACACCGAAAUCGCCCUCCCUAUCUCCCUCUCUGCUGUACUCGAGACCCAGAAGCGCGUCCACGAGACUCUCGGAAUCAACCUUCCCCUUUCUACCUUCAUCGCACGUGCCUCAGAACUCGCAAACGAGAACCUCCCUCUUUCCAAGAACAGAAAGCCCACAGCUGACGAGCUCUUCAACUCUGUUCUUGGCCUCGACAAGGUGUCUCCCAAGACUUCUCGUGGCAACUACGUUCCUCAGGUCACUGGUCUCCCUGCUGCACCUCUUUACACCAGCCAGCGUGCUGCCAAGAAGGCCGACAUUAUCGAUAUCCUCGCCGGAAAGCCCUCGGGUCCCAAGAAGGCGCCCAAGAUUUUCGGUGCACAGGGCGUCGUAGCAGCUCAAAACGUUUUCAGCGUCUCAGCACCCAAGGGUGAUGAGAAGAGAGCACAAGAGUACCUCGAGCGCAUGAAGCAGGUCCUUGAGGCCGAGCCCGGCCGUCUUGUUCUCUAA